AUGGGGCUGGGCUCCAGCACCGAGCAGCCGGCGGAGACCUCCGAGGGCUUCCACCUGCACGGGGUGCAGGAGAACUCCCCCGCCCAGCAGGCAGGCCUGGAGCCCUACUUUGACUUCAUCAUCACCAUCGGGCACUCAAGGCUGAACAAGGAGACGGACAUGCUGCGGGACCUGCUGAAGGCCAACGUGGAGAAGCCGGUGAAGCUGGAGGUGUUCAACAUGAAGACCAUGCGGGUGCGCGAGGUGGAGGUGGUGCCCAGCAACAUGUGGGGCGGCCCGGGCCUGCUGGGCGCCAGCGUGCGCUUCUGCAGCUUCCACAGGGCCAGUGAGCACGUGUGGCAUGUGCUGGAUGUGGAACCCUCUUCGCCCGCCUCCCUUGCUGGCCUGUGCCCCUACACAGACUAUGUGAUUGGCUCAGACCAGCUCCUGCAGGAGUCUGAGGACUUCUUCACUCUCAUCGAGUCCCACGAGGGGAAGCCCUUGAAGCUGAUGGUUUAUAACUCCGAGUCCGACUCCUGCCGGGAGGUGUCCGUAACUCCCAACGCGGCCUGGGGUGGAGAGGGCAGUCUGGGGUGUGGUAUCGGCUACGGGUAUCUGCAUCGGAUCCCAAUCCAGCCCCCCAGCUACCACAAGAAGCCACCUGGUGCCCCGCCACCCGGCACCCCACCACCUGGUACCUCACCACCUGGUACUCUGCCACCUGGUACCCCACCACCUGGUGCCCCGCCAUCUGAUAACCCGCCACCUGGUACCUCACCACCUGGUGCCUUGCCACCUGGUACUCUGCCACCUGGUACCCCACCACCUGGUACUCUGCCACCUGGUGCCCUACCAUCUGGUGCCCUGCCAUCUGGAACCAUCCCCCUGGACUCGCCUGCCCCUCCUGGCCCAGAGAUGGGUUCCAGGCAGGGUGACUACUUGGAGGCCCUGCUGCAGGCACCCGGCUCCUCCGUAGAGGGCCCGCUUCCCGAGCCCGGACAUCUCGGCUAUGCUGUGCCUGACCGUGGGGAACCGCCCCGGCCCAUGGAGACGCCUCUGCAGCCGCCACCUCCGGUGCAGCGGGUCAUGGACCCAGGCUUCCUGGAUGUGUCGGGCAUCGCCCUCUUGGACAGCAGUGCCAGCGUCUGGCCCGGCCCGCCCUCCUUCCCCGAGCUGCCCUCUGCCGCCAUGCCAGCCGCAGGGCUGGAGGACGUCUGCUCCAGCAGUGGCUCUCACGAGCGUGCCGGUGAGGCCACGUGGUCUGGAUCAGAGUUUGAGGUCUCCUUCCCGGACAGCCCCGGUGCCCAGGCCCAGCAGGACCACCUGCCCCAACUGACCCUUCCCGACAGCCUCACCUCCGCAGCCUCGCCAGAGGACGGGCUGUCUGCCGAGCUGCUCGAAGCUCAGGCCGAAGAGGAGCCGGCAAGCACAGCAAGUCCGGGUCUCAGGGCGGAAGCCGAGGCAGCCAGCCAGGCCCAGCUCGCUACCCCCGAACAACACCCUGGGCAACGGCAAGGCCCCUGA